UGUCGGAGGUUGCCUGGCCCGGAGCUAAGUCCCGCCCCCGGGAAAAACAGUCGGAGUUGGACCGGAGACGCAGCACAUCACCUAACUCCGGACGCAUCUGGACCGGAGCCGCAGCACAUCAACUAACCCGCUCUCCAUUUACCACUUUAUUUUGCGGCGCUGACAGUUUUUUGAGGAUUUAUUAUUCAUUUAUUCAUUUUUCAACCUGUCGUUCAGGUGGAAUCUGGAUAGUCUGGUCUGGUGUGAAUACCUCCCUUCCCCUCUCCCUUUCUACAGGGUUUAAAGGAACUAAGCCAUGCACCCUCCCCCGUCGCUCCUCUCCCUCCUCCUCCUCCUCCUCCUCCUCUCCCUGUACCCCAGUGCGUGCUGGUCCUCAAGGAUCAUCAUAGUCCCUCCCAUCAUGUUUGAGUCUCAUCUCUACAUCUUCAAGACCCUGGCCACGGAGCUCCACCUCCAGGGGCAUGAUACCUCCUUGCUGGUGUCAGAGGGGCGCCAGGUACCUCCCUCCCCCCACUACACCUUACAGCGUUACCCAGGCAUCUUCAACUCCUCCACAGCCGACAGCUUCCUCCAAUCAAAGGUCAGCAACAUCUUCUCUGGGCGUCUCACAGCGUUGGAACUCUUCGACAUUCUAGACCACUACGCCCGGAACUGCGACGCCGUUGUGGGGAACACAGACGUCAUGACCCAACUCAAAGACGCCAACUUUGACCUUUUACUGGUCGACCCCAACGAGAUGUGUGGGUUCGUGAUCGCUCACAUCCUCGGGGUUCCCUACGCUGUCUUCUCCACGGGACUGUGGUACCCUGCGGAGGUCGGGGCUCCCGCCCCUCUCUCCUACGUCCCAGAGUUCAACUCUCUCCUCACCGACCAGAUGUCUCUAGUCCAGAGGAUCACCAACACGGCUGUGUACCUGGUGUCCCGGUUUGGUGUCCAGUACCUGGUGUUACCUAAGUACGAGCGCAUCAUGAGGAAGCACAGCGUGGAGCCGCGGGUGGCCAUGCAGGACCUGGUCCAGGGGAGCAGGCUGUGGAUGUUGUCUACCGAUCUGGCCUUGGAGUUCCCUAGGCCCACUCUACCACAUGUUGUCUACGUAGGAGGAAUACUGACCGAACCUGCCAACCCAUUACCUCAGGAGUUUGAGUCGUGGGUGAGUGACACGGCAGAGCAUGGGUUCGUAGUGGUAUCGUUUGGCGCCGGGGUCAAAUACCUCUCAGAGGACAUCGCUCACAAACUGGCUGGAGCCCUGGGCAGGCUGCCCCAACGCGUGGUCUGGAGGUUCUCGGGGGUUCCGCCCAGUAACCUAGGCAACAAUACCAAGCUGGUGGAUUGGAUGCCUCAAAAUGACCUGUUGGGCCAUACCAAAACAGUAGCAUUCCUGUCCCAUGGUGGUCUGAACAGUAUCUAUGAAGCGAUGUACCACGGUGUUCCUGUAGUGGGGGUGCCUCUGUUUGGGGACCAUUAUGACACCAUGACCAGGGUGGAAGCUAAAGGGAUGGGCAUCAUGGUUCACUGGAAGAGGAUGACAGAGGAGGAGCUGUACCAGGCGCUGAACACUGUGAUCAACAACAGCAGCUAUCGUCAGCGUGCCCAGGUACUCUCUUCCAUCCAUAAGGACCAACCAGGUCACCCGGUAACGAGAGCUGUCUAUUGGAUAAGCUACAUCCUCCGUCACCAUGGCGCCAUCCACUUACGAUCCUCUGUCUACACUGUCCCCACCUACCAGUACUUCCUGUUGGACGUGGUGCUGGUCGUAGGGGCGGGGCUGGCCCUGAUUGGCUACCUGUUCUACCGGAUAGGAGGGCUACUGAGGUCAAGGGUUAAGGUUCAGGAGUGUGGGGGAGAGGUUACCCACGGCCACGGCGACGGCAGCGACGACAAGGCCAACGGACAUUGCCAUAGCAACGGGGCGGUUGCUAACGGGAGGCACAAACGUAACGGAGCGCCGGCGAAGAACGACAAGAAGAUGAAGUAGAGAGGAGGAGACUCUAGGGUCAGAGGAUGAAGAAGCUCUGAACAACAACAACAACAAACUAUGUUAGUUUUUGAAGGAGAAGCUAUGGCACGGCUCACCAAGCGACUGUGGAUAGACAAGACAUCUAUUUAUUAUGUAUAACAACAACACAUACAUGCUAAGCUAUUCUUUAAUAAGAUUAUUUUUGUAUUUAUUGUAUUUCACUCAUGAAUCAGUUCAACUGCAGUAUACAGUACAUCCUAACAGGGUUGUAAUGAUACCAGGAUCACAUUACCACCAUACUCAUUUCUUCCUGGCAGUAAACUUUAAACUCUAAACUACUCCUUUAAAAAUCUGCUUUAUGUCAAAUAAUGUGUCGUAUAGUUUAGAAGAAAAACAACUAAUAUGACUCUGGGUGACAACAGAAGGAUGUGUGUUUUUCAACAAUAGGACUGUUUUCCUCAGUAAAUGGAAUUCAAUAACUAAAGCACCUGAUUAAGCUGAUUAAGGUCCUGAAGACCAGCUGAUCAGCAGAACCAGGUCCUGAAGACCAGCUGAUCAGCAGAACCAGGUCCUGAAGACCAGCUGAUCAGCAGAACCAGGUCCUGAAGACCAGCUGAUCAGCAGAACCAGGUCCUGAAGACCAGCUGAUUAACAGAACCAGGUCCUGAAGACCAGCUGAUUAACAGAACCAGGUCCUGAAGACCAGCUGAUCAGCAGGACCAGGUGCGUUAGACCAGGUGAUCAGCAGAACCAGGUCCUGAAGACCAGGUGAUCAGCAGAACCAGGUCCUGAAGACCAGCUGAUCAGCAGAACCAGAUCCUGAAGACCAGCUGAUCAGCAGGACCAGGUCCUGAAGACCAGCUGAUCAGCAGGACCAGGUGCGUUAGACCAGCUGAUCAGCAGGACCAGGUGCGUUAGACCAACCUACACGCCCGGCAGCUCUCCAGGGGGAGGGUUGGCCAUUGCCUGGUGUGUGUUAUGUUAGUUAGUAUACAGUAUAUUUAGAUAUGAUGUCUGUCUGUCUCUAAGUCUGUCUGUCUGUCUGUAAAAGAGUUCACUCACGUGCUUCCCUCAUUCCCUCUAGACCGUCUCAAAUGGUCCCCUAGUCCCUAUAUAAUACACUACUGCUGACCAGAACCCCUAGGGCUGGGUCUCAAAUGGUCCCCUAGUCCCUAUAUAAUACACUACUGCUGACCAGAACCCCUAGGGCUGGGUCUCAAAUGGUCCCCUAGUCCCUAUAUAAUACACUACUGCUGACCAGAACCCCAAAUGGUCCCCUAGUCCCUAUAUAAUACACUACUGCUGACCAGAACCCCUAGGGUUGAUUUUCUCAUUAUUAAGAAAGUUCAAAUUAGAUGUGUUUUUGGUUGUUGAGUCAAAUCGACCACGCCCAUUUCAAGCUUAUCUUUAUUAAAAAGUUAGCUAGUUGACUCAUUGAUCCAGCUUUUCUAGUGUACACCUCUGACCUCUCUGACCCCUCUGGGCUCUCUGACCCCUCUGACCCCUCUGACCCCUCUGACCUCUCUGACACCUC